GUGUGUGUGUGUGUGUGUGUGUGUGUGUGUGUGUGUGUGUGUGUGUGUGUGUGUGUGUGUUACGGGGUUUCCAUGUCGAGGGCUGUCCUUAAUAUUUAUAUAACAACAGAAGAAUGCAGAGAGACUUCAAAUCAGUCCGAGUGGUAGGAAGAAGGAAACACCAGAUGAAAAUACAAUAGCUGUUGCAUGACCUGCAGGUCUCAAUGGACUGGGCCCUACUUGUAGUUUUGCAAAUCAUGAUUCAGCCAUCUCUCUCAGUGUUGUUCACUGUUGAAGCAGAGCGAACCACGUAUGUGUCAAAGUUUGGAGAAGAUGUUGUGAUGGGCUGCAGGUUUCAGCCUAAACUAUCAAAUUCUAAUGCUGACCUGAAGGUGACCUGGCACUGGAUCCACACCAAUUUAGUUCGGGAUGUUUAUCGUAUGGAUAACUGGAAGGAGAACUUGGCAUCCCGGGAUCCAGACUAUCAGGGCCGAGUAAGGCUUCUCACUGAGGAGCUGCAGAAAGGCUGGGCCAAGUUACAGGUCUCCAGGCUCAGGAUCAAUGACUCUGGGACCUACCAGUGUUUGGUGCAGACAGGAGAAGGAGCUGAUUAUAAAACGAUAACUUUGUCCGUUGUUGCACCGUAUGAAAAUGUGACUAAACACAUUCGGAAGGCUGCAGAGGGGGGUGAGGUACUGCUAACCUGCCAGUCAGAGGGAUACCCCAUGUCUUCUGUUAUGUGGCAGGAUGGACACCAGCGGAAACUCAGUUCAAAUACCACUGCGGUCUUAACACCAGACCAGCUUUUUAAAGUCACCAGUGAGAUACACGUCAGAUCAUCAGACAAAAACAACUACACGUGUAGCUUUACAAAUGAUGGCUACUCUGCAACAUUUCAUAUUCCAGAUGAAAUACCUGUUCCUCAUGUAAAAAACGAUGCUCUCAUCAUCGUAUUGAGCAUAGGAGUGAUAAUGGUUGUCAUUAUCGUUGUUGUGCUGAUGUACCGAAAACAAAAAGGUUCCAGGACUCAUAGUACCAGGAACCUUUUAGUCGACGGUCGAAGAAGGUCUGUUCCUGCUGCUGUCUCAGGCCAACAAAUAAAUAAAGACAAUGAGGAAGUGAUAACUAUUUUAAAUGAAGGUUGCAUGGAGGAACAUCUGGGGGUGUUACUGAAAGCCCAUUAUUCCGAUUUCUCCCUCAGCACAGAGGUGAGACGCCACUGUGACGCUUUCGGUGUGGAGGAGCUGCCUCACAAGCUCCAAAACAAUAAGAACCAGCCUGUGAAUCUUCAAGCUUUACUCCCAGAAGCUGGAGAGACACUUUUUCUUGAGGGACCUUCAGGAAGUGGGAAGACAACCGUAGCCCACAUCCUGGUCUCUUCUUGGACUGAGAUGCCCACACAUGCCCUCUCUAACCUCCUCGAUCUCAGCACCCUUAGACUUCUCUUAUAUGUCGACUGCAAAAAAGUGACGGGUGACUUGUUUCAGGAAAUAACAAUUCAACUUUCUCUCACGGAAAAGAUAUCAGAGGAUGAGCUGAGAGCUGUGUUAACCAGGUCCAGCGAGGCACUGCUGUUGUUGGAUGGGUACAGAGAAGGGAAGCACUUUUUCGAUAAGUCCUUGAGGAAGUUUCUAACGGAAAAAGGAGGGUGCAGGGUGCUUGUCAUGGCCUGCCCCGGACACUGCCCCACACUCAAGAACACAGUUGGGACAGAAGGGGUGCUGCAGCUCCAAACACAAAGUAUGACAUAAUGAGGACUUAAAAUGUUUGUGACCAACAAAGACAGACAUUAAGCACUUGUUA